AUGGGAUCAGGAAAACCACGUGGACAUAGAGCAGCGAGAAAAUUGCGAAUAAGAAGGAGAACCCAAAGAUGGGCAGAUAAAGGGUACAAAAAAUCACAUUUAGGAACUAGAUGGAAGUCCAACCCUUUCAGAGGAAGUUCACAUGCCAAGGGUAUUGUUGUAGAGAAAGUGGCAAUUGAAGCUAAACAGCCCAAUUCCGCCUACCGAAAAUGUGUGCGUGUGCAAUUAAUUAAGAACGGAAAGAAGAUUACAGCAUUCGUUCCUGGUGAUGGUUGUUUGAAUUUUAUAGAUGAAAAUGAUGAAGUGUUAGUUUCAGGAUUUGGUAGAAGUGGUCAUUCAGUCGGUGAUUUGCCAGGUGUUAAAUUUAAAGUAGUUAAAGUUGCCAGAGUGUCCCUCUUAGCUCUCUUUAAGGAAAAGAAAGAAAAACCAAGAUCAUAA